CGGCCGGGGGUGGGCGGGGCCUCGGCCAGCACACGAGUUGUCAAACAGGUUUGUGUUGUUGCGCUCGUAAACGGUCGUUUCACACGCAUUUAUGCGGGAGCGCAGCGUCCUGCGUCCGCUUGUCCUCAGCAGAGACCCCCCCCCCGGCAGCCGGGAACCAGGAGCUCCUCUGUACUGACCGCUCAGCCUGCCCUGCCGUCCUUGGUUGUGUUCUCUGCUGCCGUCCUGGUCCUGUGCUGCAGAGACAGGAAGCUCGAAUGUCACGGGGCUAACGUGUUUCCCCGAGGGCGCUGAGGUUACAUCUCUUCAAACAUGGCAGAAAGAGGAUCGCCUAACGACAAAGGCUCAGAGUGAAAAACGGCAAAGCAAAAAGUUUCAAAGAUGCCAGUGGAGGCGCUUCAGCAUCCGUCAAAGCCGGCGGCGAAGGCUGCUAUAGGGGUUUCUCCCCCACGUCUGCGGCCGAAGGGUCCAGUGGGACCGGACUUCUACAGAAGAACGGCAGCAGGCGCCCCGAAGCAGAGUGCCGUGGAGAGACUGGAGGCAGACAAGGCCAAAUACGUCAAGAGUCAGGUGGCUCUGACCAAACAGCAGCCCGUCCGAGCUCCUGAGAUGAAGAAGCCUCUGCUGAACCCCUGCACCCCCCUUCGUCCCACCAGAAAGACCCCCACGCAGGCAAAGGCAAAACAGGAGGGGGUCCAGCUCGACUUGGAGCACCUCACUAGCCUCAUUAGCGACCUGCCCAACGGACCCCAGUCCAAGGGCGCGGCAGGAUCUGGGGACGGCACGGCGCCUGAUGCCGGUCCUGCUGCACACGGCUGCCAGGACAAGGCUGCCACGCACACGCAGCAGGUAAAGGAGAGGCCGUGCCCACCUCCACGCCCUGACUGGUCCAGCCCAGCCAAAGUCAGGUUAAAAGCGUCCGGGCCCGCCAAGGUGGACAGUCCAGCUCCUCCUGGGGCUCCGGCUGCAGGAACGGUGCGCAGAGUGGACGUCAUUCCUCAGGCGGGUCCAGUGAAGGCGUCCCGGAGGCCGCCCCAGUACGUGCGGCAGCCCCUUCAGCCCGUCGCCUUACCCUCCCAGUUCCCUCUGCGUCCUGCUGCUUCCCGCCAACGUCUCCUCAUCCAGAAGAUAACUCCCGGCUCUCCUCUGAAACCGCCGGUCGCCCCGAAGCCUGAGAACUGGCGCUGCCCUCCAGCUGAACCCUCCGCCCCGGCCUCGCCUGCCUUCGCUCCGCCUCCUUCUCCAGCUAUCACCCGGCUGUCCUCGGGCAGCUCCAGGAAGCGGCCCUCUCUCACUCGGUCCAAGUCGGACAUGAGCGACCGGUACUCGCGUGCCGACACGGAGCUGGAGCGCUUCUUCAACCUGUGCGGCCUGGAGCCGGCAGACCUGCAGGAGCUGCGAGCUUCCAGCUCAGACAUUGUGUCGCUCGCCCGGUUCCGGAGCGUCAGCGCGCCGGGGUCCGAGUGCGCCGGCUCGAAGCGAGGCAGCGCAGACGAGGAGGAGGACGAAGAGGCUGGGAAGGCUGCGGAACGUGUUCCUUACGGCGUUUCUGUCAUCGAGAGGAACGCCAGAGUGAUCAAAUGGCUGUACGGACUGCGCCAGGCCAAGGAGAACACGACGAAGAGCACCAACCUGUAGCAAAGCUGACCUUUUUCUGGAUAAUUCCUGCACGGCUCAGGUCUAAAUCUUAAAUUGUCUGAAAGAUGAUGGUAGUAAAAAUGAAGAAUUAUGUCCGUUUGUAAGGAUAAAAAGUCUCCCUUGGUUUGUGGAUUCAGAAAGUCGGGGGUGACGUCUUUUGUUUGUGUUUUGUUUUAGUUUUGUUUCUUUUUUGAGAACAGUCGGUUUAUUUUGUUGUUGCAGCCAUCAGAGAGUGUCUUUAAAGGUGCUUGGAGCGUAUUCUGCUGGAAUCAAAUGCUUGAAUAAAAAAGGACUACGUGCAGCCUUG